UCUGAAAGAGAUCAUAUACAUGUAACAUAGCAUACACAGGAGCACACACUUCAGAACACGCAACAGCACACGCUUUAGCAUACGCUGCAGAACACGCAACAGCACAGGACCUGUAACUGAAGAUCUGAGUUAUUUUCAAUAUGGGAACUGAGAAUAAGGUGAUCAAGUGUAAAGCCGCUGUGGCUUGGGAACCUGGGAAGCCUGUCUCUGUAGAAGAAGUGGAAGUUGCUCCUCCUAAAGAGCAUGAAGUGAGAAUCAAGAUAGCAGCGAGUGGUGUGUGUCACACAGACUUUACAUAUCUGUAUGAUUGUGGGAAAGGAGUGCAGACUCUUCCGUUUCCUCUCAUUCUGGGUCAUGAAGGCAGUGGUGUGGUGGAGAGUGUCGGUCCAGGAGUGACCACUGUGCAGCCUGGUGAUAAGGUGAUCCCGGUCCUCCUGCCUCACUGUAAUGAGUGUGUGCUCUGUCUAAACCCAAAGACGAACCUCUGCACAAAGAACUGGGAGAAGCUUCAGCAGUGUGUGCAAGCUGAUGGUACGAGUCGUAUCACCUGUAAAGGUCAGCAGGUGUAUCAGUUUGAUGGAGUCAGCACUUUCUCUGAGUACACCGUGGUUCCUGAAUACAACGUCGCUAAAAUCCACCAAGACGCAGCGCUGGAAAAAGUCUGUCUGCUCGGCUGUGGGGUUGCUGGGGGAUACGGAGCAGCACUGAACGUGGCCAAAGUGGAGCGCGGUACCGCCUGUGCCGUGUUCGGUUUGGGAGCCGUGGGUCUGGCCACUGUGAUGGGCUGUAAAGCCGCCGGAGCUUCCAGGAUCAUCGGCGUCGACAUCAACGCGGAGAAACGUGAAGUCGCCAAGACGUUCGGCGUCACCGACUUCGUGAACCCCAACGAUCACAACAAACCCAUUCAGGAGGUGCUGAUGGAGAUGACCGGUGGGGGAGUGGACUAUAGCUUCGAGUGUGUGGGGAACGUCACGCUGAUGAGGGCGGCGUUUGAGAGCAGCAACCCCACCUGUGGAGUGUGUGUGAUUGUGGGAUGGACUGAAAACAAUCUCAUGUUGGUGGGACCUAAAGACCUGGUGAUGGGACGAACGCUUAAAGGAUCCUUCUUGGGUGGAUGGAAGAGUGUGUGUAGUGUACCCAAACUAGUGGAGGACUACCUGAGUGGGAGAAUAAUGCUGGAUGAGUUUGUGACACACACACUCCCUCUGGAGGAGGUUAACCACGCCUUCGAUCUGAUGACCAAAGGGAAAAGCAUCCGAUCAGUGAUAAAAAUGUAGAUCUGCGAGUGUCGACUUUCAGCAGGUCUUUAACCGUGAAAACAUCAUCAGUCACCAUGACGACCACAUCAAUCGCCAUGACAACAGACUCCCUCUCUCCCACUGCACUGGGCCUCAGAGCUUCUGGUCUUCUGUGAAGUUAACACAGAGAAACAGAGCUGUAGACUGAAACUCAGGACAGGAGACGAUGCCUCUGUGUGUUUGUGGUUAAUGCUGCGUCAUUAGUGCUGUUAGUGCUGAAGUAAAAAUCUCAAACACUU